AUGGUUCUGGCCGACGUCCUGAAACGAUGGCAGCAGCUCAAGGGACGCGAGGCCUUCCUCAGCACAGGCACGGACGAGCACGGAAUGAAGAUACAGAAGGCGGCAGCGAAGCAGGAGAUGUCCCCGCACGACAUGUGCGACGCCAACUCGGCCAAGUUUCGAACGCUCACGGGCGAGGGCGGCAUCUCGCACGACGUCUUCAUCCGGACGACGCAGGCGGACCACCGGAAGGCGGUGCAGGAGUUCUGGUCGCAGCUGAAGCACAGCCUCCCCAAGUCCCUGGGCCUGUACAAGGGCGACCACGCAGGCUGGUACAGCGUCGACGACGAGUGCUUCUACCCCGAGAAGCUGGUGGGGCCGGCCAUCGUGCCGCAGACGGGCAAGAAGGUCAUGGCCAGCACCGAGACGGGCAGCGAGGUCGAGUGGGUCAAGGAGGAGACGUGGUUCUUCCCCCUGACGAGGUACAGGGAGUCCCUCCUUGAGUUCUACGACCGCAACCCCGGAUGGAUCCAGCCCGAGCACCGCUUCAGGGAGGUGCGCGACUGGGUCGAGAACCACCUCGAGGACCUGUCCGUAACGAGACCCUACAGCCGUCUGACCUGGGGCAUCCGCGACCCGGACGACGAUAAACAGACCAUCUACGUCUGGGUUGACGCCCUGAUCAACUACCUCACCAUCGCGGGGUACGGCACCGACAAAUGGCAGGCCGGCGCUGGCGCCGGCAACCUGUGGCCCGCCGACCUGCACGUCGUGGGCAAGGACAUUGUCCGCUUCCAUGCCGUCUACUGGCCCGCCCUGCUUCUAGCCCUGGGCCUGCCCCUGCCCAAGAAGAUCCUCUGCCACAACCACUGGACCAUGUCGAGCCGCAAAAUGUCCAAGUCGGUCGGCAACGUCGUCUCGCCGACUUUCGCCGUCCAGCGAUGGGGCACCGACCCGCUGCGCUACUUCCUCAUGCGCAACGGCUCUCUGGCGAAGGACAUGGACUAUUCCAACGACACCAUCUACGCCAUCUACGUCAAGGAGCUGCAGGCCAGCCUAGGAAAUCUGUACUACCGCGUUGCUAGGCCCAAGGCUGCCAAGAACUGGUCUACGCGCGAUGCCCUGGACUCGUUCGUCGCGGGUGACUUCAAGGCCUGCAAGGAGAACCCUGAUGACCCUGGUACUCACUACUCUAGGCUCGAGGCCAAUAUCGAUGCUGUGGCCUCCAAGUUUCAGAAGCACAUGGAUGAGCAUGAUAUCUCUGGUGCUAUAGGUCAGGUGUACGACCUCCUUGGCGAGACAAACCGCUACCUCUCCGACACCGCUCCCUGGGCCCUGGUAAAGCAGGACGGCAAUCGCCAGCUAGUCAACUGGGUCAUCUUCAACUGCGCCGAGGCCCUCAGAUUGGCCGCCAUCCUCCUCCAGCCCAUCAUGCCCACCAAGGCCGCUCAGCUUCUCGACGAGCUGCGUGUGCGCGACGACCGUCGUACCCUGGCUUGGGCUGCGCGCGGAGCAGACGACGACUACGGCCUCACGAGCGAUGACAUGGAAAAGUUAGGACGUGUGCAAUCGUGGCAGACCAUUUUCCCGCCUGUCCCUGGUGGCAAGUUGACGGACGAGGAGGUUAGAGAGGAGUUCGCUAUCUCGACACCCAAGGUCCUGCUCGUGCCGUACGAGAGUCACCAUGUGCAAAAGUACCAUGGAUGGAUGCGAGACCCGCUGCUACAAGAGGCUACGGCGUCCGAGCCCAUGACCCUAGAAGAAGAAUACAGCAACCAGGUGUCGUGGCGCAAGGCACACGACAAGCUCACCUUCAUCGUGUGCAAGCCCAUCAACACUACCAGCACCCUGCUGGGUGGCGACGGCGGUGACGUGGAUUUCGUCCGCAUGAAGACCCUCGACAGCGACGAGAGGAUGGUCGGCGACGUCAACUUCUUCCUCUAUCCGUACGAGGACGACGAGAACGACGUCCAGCAAGGCAAGGACAACCUCACCGGCGAGAUUGAUAUAAUGAUUGCUGAGGGGGGCGAUCGCCGCAAGGGGAUGGGCCGCGCCGCCGUGUGCGCCCUCAUGGUGUACAUACAGAUCCAGAUGGGUGGGCUGCUGGAGGAGUACGUCACGGCCGGUGGGGGUCGGACCAGUUCCGCUGCCGCUCUGAGGAAUUACAUGGUCAAGAUCAAGGAGGGGAAUUCGGCAAGCAGGAGGCUGUUUGAGGGGCUUGGGUUCCGCCAGCAAGGGGGUGCGAACUACUUUGGCGAGGUGAAGCUUGUGAUCGAUCUGGCUGAUGUCCAGGAGCAGAAGUGGUGGAGGGAGACGAUGGAGCACUGGAGGGACAUACCGUAUGGGUCUAUGGCGGAUGAGUUGAAGUUGAGGGAUUGA